AUAAGGAAGGAAGGAAGGAAAGAAAGAAAGAAAGAAAAAGAAAGAAGCCCUCCAGGAGAUUCUGGGUCUUGCUCAAAUUUGAGAACCAUGAUCAUAGGUUGUUGGGAAGAUUAAACAAAUAUAAAUAUUUAGAGCAGUGCCUGGCCCCACAGUGCAUACUGCGUGAGCACUUACUGUUGUUGUCACUAUAGAGGAGGCCCUGGGACCCUAGCAGUAUGGUGGUGAUGGGGGGCUGGCUGUGACCCCUCUUCUGGUCUGAUGGGGGUCUGGGUUCCUCGUCUCUGCUGAAUGGAGACCUUCUCGCCUCUCUCUGUUGAAAAUGACAGUGUGCUGGACUACGUCACCCCAUCCUUGGCGAAAGGUUAUCGCUUGGUCUGGGAGAUGGAAAAGGUCGGGGUAGGGUGGGUGCUGUGCCGCCUUCCCUCUGCAGGAGGAGAUAAAGGAGGUCACUUGGCUCUUCCAUGGUGGGCGGGGGGAGCUAAGAUGUAUAAAUGGGGGUCCAGGAGGCACCAACCAUCAGAAAGCUGCCUUGCUGCGUCCACUCUCACAUCUCAGGCAGCCCGUCCAGAAUGGCCAAACGUCCACUGCUGCUGCUGCUGCUGGCCGUAUGGGUGCUGGCUGGGGAGCUGUGGCUGAGGACUGAGGCCCGGGCGGCACCCUAUGGAGUGAAGCUUUGCGGCCGUGAAUUCAUCCGAGCGGUCAUCUUCACCUGCGGGGGCUCCCGGUGGAGACGGUCGGACAUGCUGGCCCAUGAAGCUCUGGGGGAUGUCUUCUCAGACACAGAUUCCAACGCAGACAGCGAGUUGGACGAGGCAAUGGCCUCCAGCGAAUGGCUGGCCCUGACCAAGUCCCCUGAGACCUUCUAUGGGGUUCGACCAGGCUGGCAGAGAACCCCUGGGGCUCUUCGGGGCAGUCGUGAUGUCCUGGCUGGCCUCUCCAGCAACUGCUGCAAGUGGGGGUGCAGCAAGAGUGAAAUCAGCAGCCUCUGCUAGACAGGGGACCAGGUGGCCAUGGAGAACCAGAGUGAAUGUCCCAGCUCUGCUGUCCACCUAAUGGGUGUCCAGGUGGGCACCUGUUUCUAGCCCCUCAUGCAUUCAUUCAUCAGCAAGUCACAGAGCUCAGGCACUAUGGGCUCAGAACAGAGUCCUCCCACCCAACCCUGACCUUUGGCCAGCCUAUCCUGACCCUGAGCAGGCUGUGCCCCUACCUGGCCACAUGGGGACCCUUUCUCCCCAGCCCAUCUCAUGCCUUUCCUGGCCUGUACUGUCUCCUGCUGCAACGGUUGCCCCUGCUCUACCCAAAGUGGCCACACUGAGACCCUGGCCCAGCUGUGGCCACUGUCCCCUCGCCAGCCCAAACUAUACCACCCCCAACUCCCGCCCCAUUCUAGCCUUUGCCCCCUCUCUCCCCGCAGCCUUCCAGCCCCCCUCCCUCCACCCCAGCCUGGGUUCUAAAGCUGUGGACCCCAAGCCUGGAAGAGGGACUUCGGGUUCCCUUCGUUUCCUGGGGUGGAGGCUCAGUGGUGGGGGGAGGGGUACGGAUCAGAAUCUUCCUCAACCCCCCAAAUAAAAGUUCCAAAGUA